UAUUUGUUGUGGCCGAGCUGUGCAUACGAAGCGAAUAUUCUGUGAGAACGUACAGACAAUAAUGCCUUAGAGUCUGUGUUCAUAUAUGGAAUGUUUUGAUUAUAAUACCGUAGAUUUUGAUUUCCAGAAAUCACAAGAACCGCCAUUUUGAAACAUGUACUUUUGAAAAAUAUCUCGAGGUUGCGUGGUGAAAUAAUGUUGUGUAGAGAGACGACAAAUUCUGAAAAAAGCAUAUGAAGUUGUGAACACUAGUCCGAUACAAAAAACAUUCCAAGAUGAAGAAAUCAGGCAGCGGCCAUCCUGCAAGUUUUAUAACUGUGCUUUCUGCCAUUAAAUUGCAGAAAAUGCCCAGCGCCAAAAAGCGACCCUGGCGGAAAAGAUCCAACAGAAUGAGCUUGAUGUCAAGGACUUCAAUCGAAUCUGCAAAAACACUGGUGGACAUUGAAGAUGAGUUCCUGCACGCGGCCGAGUUUGGUGACGUACCGACGGUCAAGCAACUUGUUGACCGAAACGCCGAUCUCAACGUGGACUGCAUUGAUGCCCUCGGCAGGACGGCUCUACGACUGGCGGUCAAAAAUGAACAUCUCGAGGUGGUCGAGAUCCUCUUGGAUCGGUCCAGCGAGCUCCACAUUCAGGAAUCUGUCCUGCAGGCCAUCAGCGCCAACCACGUGCAGAUCGCGGAGACUAUCUUGAAACAUCGUCGUUACCUGGACCUAUGGAAUGACAAGCGCAAGCUUGGUGGCGUAGAUCAGUUCUUCAGCAACAGUACGCUCGAGGAGUCCCAGUUUUCGCCCGACAUCACGCCGCUGAUUCUUGCGUCACAAAAGAACCAGUACGAAAUCGUCCAACUGCUUCUUCUUCGAGGGGAGAUAAUUCAAAAACCACACAAAUUCAACUGCACUUGUCAGGAUUGUGUAAAUAAAAUCCAGUUUGAUAAACUUCGGUUGGCCAAAUAUAGAUUGAAUGCAUACCGGGGCCUUGCUAGCGAGGCGUAUAUAUCCCUCUCCAGCAAAGAUCCUAUCCUGACAGCGUUCGAGCUGGCCGACGAGUUGCAGAACCUUUCGACUAUAGAGAAGUAUUUCAAGAACGAGUAUCUCGAUUUAGUAAACGCUCUGAGCGAGUACGUUGUCAAGCUACUCGACCGAGUACGGACACAGGAAGAGCUAGAGGUUGUACUCAAUAAGACUGGGCGACCUAAAGACAACAAGUACGAGAGCCUGGCCCGUUUUAACCUAGCCAUACAGUACAGUCAAAAGAAGUUCGUGUCACAUCCGAGCUGUCAACAGCGUCUUGUGACCACCUGGUACACGGGUAUGGAAAACAUGCAACGCUCUAGCUGGGCUCGACGAAUCAUGAUGGCCGUCUUGUUUUUUCUGUCAUAUCCUUUCUUAGUCCUUGCUCAUCUUGUCACUCCAGGCAGAGAGUGUGUGAAGUACCUGCGUUUUCCGUGUGUCAAAUUCAUCUGUCAGACAACGUCUUUUCUGAUCUUCCUCGUCCUCAUCAUCGUUUCCACGGCGGAGUCAUCGCGAACUGUGUCCAACAAAAUUACACUUAGCACAGAGUUUCCAGAAAUCCAUAACAUUUACACGGAAAUCAGAACAUUUUCCAAUGGAACUAUGUAUGGUAAUGAUUUUCCGUUAAGACCGCUUGCGCCAACCAUGACACAGAUCCUUAUAUCAUUAUGGGUGAUAGGGUUCGCGUGCCAGGAAUGUGCCCAGCUGUUUAACGAUGGAAUCUCGGAGUAUAUGAAGUCUUGGUAUAAUCUGAUGGAUAUCACUCUGCUAUGUGUCUACUUUUCGGCAUUCACUCUACGUUAUGCCGUUAUGUUCAAGAUGUACGGUUCAAUAGAUUUCUUGCGCCAAACCCAUCAAGCGCCUUGGACGCAGCAAGAGAUAGACACUCUGAACUAUCGCCUUUACUGGUUAAACGAAGAUCGCUUUUACUGGAUGGCCUGGGAUCCGAUCAACAUGUCCGAGGGUCUGUUUGCCAUGGCAAAUAUUUUAAGUUUUUCCAGGAUUUCCUAUCUCCUUCCUGCAAACGAAGUACUCGGUCCUCUCCAGAUAUCGCUCGGCAAAAUGAUAACGGACAUCCUCAAAUUCUUGGCACUGUUCAUGUUGGUUCUUGGGGCAUUUAUGGUGGGCCUGUUCAAUCUGUUUUGGUACUACAGCGUACACGAAGAAAUCGAGGUGACAGAUCACGGGUUUACCUUCUCCGCUGAGAAACACUUUGGAGAUGUGAUGGCUACGUUCCGGACGGUGUUCUGGUCAGUAUUUGGCCGCGGUGAUACGGACGUUGUGACAUUGGGGGAGUACGACAAUCAUCUGACAGAAGACAUCGGCUACAUUAUAUAUGGCAUGUACAACAUCGCCAUGGUCAUCGUUCUCCUCAACAUGCUUAUCGCCAUGAUGUCCAGGUCCUUCGAAAAUAUUACGCGAGACUCUGACUCGGAGUGGAAGUUUGCUAGAAGCACACUGUACAUGGACUACAUCGGGACUGGUUCAGCACUGCCAGUCCCCCUAAAUGUCUUGGCCGUACCACGUGAUUUCAUAGAGUAUAUCAUCGAAUCGUGCUGCCGGAAGUCAGAGGACGACGAGAGCGAUUCUGAUGAUGAUGAUGACGACGACGAAAAAAACAGAAACCCAGAUCAAAAUGGUGGAAUGGGCAACGGCAGUCCAAUAGAGGCUACGGCCAUUGACAUAAGCGAGACAAACCUGCGGCCGGAAGACAUGGACAGACGGAAAAGUUUGGGCAGCACAACGGGACAAGACGGAAGGAAGAAAAAGGACUACCAGAGAGUGAUGCAGACGAUUAUUCAGAGGUACAUAUUUGAGAAGCAAAGGGAGGCGGAAGUGACAGAGGAUGACUUCGAAGAAAUUAAGCAGGAUAUUUCAAGUUUCCGGUAUGAAAUAUUAAACAACCUCGAGCUUCGAGAUUCUGCACAUGGCGAUUUGGCACAUCAAGUUAGUAAAAUUGGCGAACAAGUGAAAAUGAUAGCCAAAGAACUACGGAGAUCUCGUGCAACGGAUGACGUCAUCAGUGAGUGCGAGGCUGAAGAUGAACCGGAAGGGGAGAAAAAGACAUUUUCGUCAUUAGCAAAUAGUGUUCGUACCACACUUUAAAUAACCUUAAAUGUAUUAAGACGUAUAUGUAUGCAUCAGUGCUGAAUGAAAAUUUGCAAAAAAAAACCUUUCAACGAAUAUGAUGUCAAGCCUAUCCGCAUGUUAGGAGUAAUGUUUGAUAUUGUUAGGCAUAUUUGUGCUACUAAACAUGGCAAAUACCCACGUGAUGGUUGUUAUGGUAACUACGUAUUAUUUAUGUACGUAACGUCACUAAAGGCGCGUGUGACUGUUGUUACAGCGAAUGCGUUCUUAAAACAGGUAUGAUACAUAAUGGUUGUUAUAGAUACUUUGUGCUAUUAUUAACGAUUUGCAUUUCUUGUUAUGAUUAUCAGGUUGUACAAAGGAUAGGAUGAAUGACGGUUGUUAUGGUUACUCAUAGCAACAACAGGGUUGUUACAUUGUGAUUAUUGAGGUGCAGUUGCUAUGAGCAACAACAUAAAAGAAAAUGCAUCGUAGUUAUUAUAGUGAUGAUAAAAUGUAACGUUGUUACUAAAACAGGAACCAUACAGUACUAUAUACGUGUGUUUGUUUGUGUUUGUCUGUCUCUUGUAUCUACAAGACAAUAAUCCGGUCUAGGAUUUUAGUAUUAAAUCUUAACAUUUUAAAUAAUUAAGGCGAUUCUUUAGGUUGCAAGUUGGAAAUACUUAUAAUAAUAUUUCAUCCUCACAAAAAUAGUUUUGCGGAACAGUGUUUUUAAACAUAACGACUUAACACGAAUUAUGUAAGUACAUCUUACCAAAAAUUGAAAACGUUUUCUUAGAGGACGACAAUGAUAUACAUAUAUAUAUAAUAUCAAACAUGUAGGCAAACAUAGCAAAUGACUGCACAUUACAAGAACAGUCCGCAGUGAGUUAAAGUGCUAUAUUUCUAUCCAAAACCUUAAAACAUUUGAAGCAAAUUCAUUAUUAUUGAAUUUCUGAAAUGAAUGACCAAACAAAUUUAACUGAUGAUACAGAAGUUAUGUAUAUCAUGUUUUUAAAGGUGUAUGGUAUCUCGACCUAAGAUCUGGCCGUUAUAUAUAUAUAUCACCACUAAAAUACAUGGAAUAUUGAUAUGGAGGCGAUAAUUGAAUAUGUGUAGUAUAUGUGAUGUAAUUACAGAGGUAAACAUGCCAUACAUAUAUGUGUAUCCUUCAUUUGUGGAACAGUAUUCAUACGUUUUAUAUAUAAUAUUUGUAACAGAAUUUCCUGAUUUGUGACUGUGAUCAUAUAUGUAUGUAUACAUUAUAUAAACCCUAUGCUGGUUCAUAGGCAAUCAUAAUCAAAAGUUUGAUAUAUCUUCUUUUUUUUAAAGUUUGGUAUAUAUUAUCUUGACAAUAAUUUAUCACGCAAGUAAUUAUAUUAAAUGGAAAUCAUUAUUUAUAAUCUAUCUAUGUAAUGUGUUGUCAGGUUUCGAAACCUUCUGGUUAUUUUGUUAAGCUACAAAUUUGUUCACCAUCGUGACUCUUACCGAAAAUCAGAACUAGAUUGUAAUAUAAUAAUAAUUAGAAUAGAGUACGGACAAGAAUAUCCGGAAGUUUAUUUUUUUAGAUUAAAAAUGUGAAUGUAUACUUAUUUGUUGAUAUAGAUGUAUGGCGAAUACUGAUACUUAAUCGAAUAUUUUGAACAGUAUGUACAUUAUUUAAAGGCGAUUCUAGACGCCCAUGUACAUUGUAUGUAUAUAUAUAUAUAUAUGUACAAAUAUGUCACUUAAUUAGGAAAUAUGUCAUUUCGAGGUCCGGUAUCUUAUCACAAAAAGAGCAGGUGGAAAGAACACGCCGUGGCGAAACAUUCUCAUAGAUCUACAGAAUUGCUAGCAAGGGCAAAAUUAUAAAAGUGACACUCACAAAACUUACCACACAAAACGAAACGUACUAUUAAAAGAUUAAAUUCUGCAUGCACAGCAAAUUGGCCAGAUAGUAUUUUAACAAGUAUUUUGAAAUUUCAGACUUUAUGGUUUAAA